CCCAAUAUCAUCUUCGUGUGAAGCGUCUCGUCUUCUUCGCAAUGACUCGCCUACUCCGCUUCGAUGCAAUAUCACCAAAUUUACCAUUUUGCCACGCAGCCCUGUGCCCUCCUCCUGUUCCUGCCGUUAAACUUAAUCUUCGUCUGCUGCGACGAAACCCCAUCAUUUGCCCUCUGACCCGAUCGCCCUCGUCUCCUCUUCCCCACUCCCUCCGGCGCCUUCGGCUACGGUCGGUAGUCGCAUCCAUGGCCGAGGAAGCGCAAGCGAAGCCCUUCGCCGUCCUCUUCGUUUGCCUCGGGAACAUCUGCCGUAGCCCCGCUGCGGAGGCCGUGUUCACCGAUCUCGUGCGGAAGCGGGGAGCGGAGUCCAAGUUUAAGAUCGACUCCGCCGGAACCAUCGGCUAUCAUGAAGGGAAUCCAGCGGACUCGCGGAUGAGGGCCGCUGCGAAGAGAAGGGGAAUCGAAGUCACCUCCAUGUCACGGCCAAUACGACCCUCCGAUUUCAGGGAGUUUGAUCUCAUAUUGGCCAUGGACAUGCAAAAUAGAGAGGAUAUACUGCAUGCAUAUGAGAGAUGGAGAAUUAAGGAGCCUCUUCCAGAAGAUGCCCCUAAGAAGGUUAAGCUUAUGUGCUCCUAUUGUAAGAAACACAGUGAAUCUGAAGUUCCAGAUCCUUAUUAUGGAGGCUCACAAGGGUUUGAAAAGGUCCUAGAUUUGCUGGAAGAUGCUUGUGAAUCAUUACUCCAGAGCAUCGAUUCCGAGAGCAGUCAUGCUUCAGUUUCACAGGGACGAGACAAUGGUUGGUGGGAUUGUUGAAGCUCUGAGAUCAAAGGAAAAUCCGUGGGGAUUAUUGUGAGUAGUGCACAAGUUCAGUUACUAGUUUUGCUUGAUAUUCUUGAAUCUUGACUAGAAAUUAGACGUUUGGAUGAUGUGCCAACCGUAUUUCUUCCAAAGUUUACCAUAAUUUUAUUGUUUA